AUGUCAGAAGAUUUGAUUAUAGAGCUUCAGUCUCGUAUGCUGGGCUUAAAACGAAUGGAAUUAGCCCGAUUUGGAGAAGAAAUGAAAUGGAUAAAGGUAGAAGAAAUCGGAGAAAAGGGUAGGUUGGAACUGAUUAAAAUUAUACGUACAGUAUUUGAAGAAGAAGUACUUAAGUGUAAUAGCGAGCAGCUUGACAGUCUAUUGGGAAAAAUACAAACUAUUUUAGACAGCAAAACAAUGAGUCAAAAUGAGGAAAGCGUGAAAGCAAAAGAAAAGAGUGAACAGGAACUGAAACAGCUCAAAACACAGUAUGAAAAGUUACUAGUAGAGCAGGAAAAACUCAAAGAUCAAAUAAAUACUGUCCAAACCCAAAAUGAAACAACUGAGGACAUAACUAUAACUAGUGAAUCAGUAACACAACAAGAUAAGCCACAAAGUGCAUUUCUUAACAUGAAAACAAGCAUGCUCCGUCGGGAAUUCAAGAUACAAGGACAAAUCGGAGAGCCAGGGCAUAAAGAUAAACUAGCAUAUCAGUCACUCAUUUCACAGAUUGAAAUUGGGUUGCAAAAGGGUUACACAAGAGGAAAUUACCCAUGCUGUUGUUAGAGCUGUUCAGGCUGGGUUACAACUACGAAGUUAUUUGGAGGGAAUAAAUGGGUUGACAUUACCACGAUUACGUAAAAUACUACGCUAUCAUUUCCAAGAGAAAAGUGCUACCGAACUCUACCAGCUCUUGGCUAAUAUCAGUCAAGCCCCAAAAGAAAGAUCACAAGAAUUUUUAAUUCGUGCCCUGACGAUUCGGCAAAAAAUAGUGUUUGCAUCAAAAGAAUCGGAUACCAAGAUCAAAUAUGAUGAAGGGCUUGUCCAAGGCCUAUUCUUGCAUGCCCUAGAAACUGGCCUUGCCGAUGAAACCAUUCGGGCAAAAAUGAGGCCACUCCUUAAGAACGAAUCAGUGGCUGAUGAAGAGCUAAUUGAAGUAAUGAGCUCUGCGAUGGCUGCUGAAUCAGAAAGAGCCACGACGUUCAACCAGGUGGGCCGAGUAAAGUCCUCACCAAAAGUCUCGAAGAUAGAAACCGGAGUGCCACCAAGAUCUACAGAGUCACCAAAUGCACAUGAUAGUGAGAUACUGGUCACACUAAAAGUGAUCCAGGCAGAAUUGAAUACAGUUCAGUCCGAGGUGGCUAGCUUGCGGACGAAAGUAGACCAGAAAGAUUCCCCUCAAGGACACCCCCCUUCCAGUACCUUCAUGACGGGUCGUGUUGGUCAAAACCGAAGAAAUGAUGGCCGUCAAGGUGAUUACCCUCCAAUGUGUAAAAAAUGCCACGAAGAGAAUCAAGUUAAUUGUCCUCAUUGUUUCAAAUGUGGAGGAAGAAACCACACUGCCCGAUAUUGCAGGUCGGGAAACGAGAGGAGGCUACCCCUGAGGGACUAGGAGUAGCCGCGUCAAACCAGAAUAAGUCCCACCGAUGCAAUGGUUGUAACCAAGAGGAAGUUCACGCUAACUUUAAACGUUGUUCUGGCUGCAAACUGGUGUAUUAUUGCUCAAAAUCAUGUCAAAAAAGACAUUGAAGUGAACAUCAAAUACUUUGCAAUGCCAUUAAGGAACAACUAAAUCAAAACAAUGAAACUCUCAGAGGACUGGGAGAUAGUUCAGACACAGAAAUGUUUGCAAGUCACCUUUCUCCAAAGAAACAUGCUGCAAUUGCUAAACUUGUUGGUCGCAAAUGCUCUGUUCGGUGUCUUGUAAAUGAUGUUGAUAUGGAAGCGUUAUGGGACACUGGAGCCCAGGUCUCCAUUUUCCCGGAACAGGUACUGUCUGACAAUUUUUCUGAUUUGAAAAUACGUGAUAUUAGUGAAUUGCUUGGUGCGGGUUCUGGUCUGAAUUUAACUGCGGCAAAUGGGACACCAAUCCCUUAUAAAGGCUGGGUGGAAGCUAGAUUUAGAUUAAACCGAGAAGAUGAAAAAGAAGUAACAGUACCAUUCUUAGUAACACCCGAACAGUUGGAACAACCAAUAAUUGGGUACAAUGUUAUUGAACUGUUUUUGCAAGAAGGUGAAAACUACUCAGAUAAUUUAGCAGUGGCACACCAUAUAGUGUCAAGUUUUAAUAAUGUUGGAGUGAAAGAUGCUGAGCAAUUGAUAAACAUUAUCCAAAGAAAUGAUGGGGAGUUGUUUUGCCAAGUAAAAACAUCCAAACGUCACAUUACAAUACCGAAGAAAGCUACCAAAACAGUACCCUGUCGAGCAAAUACGGGAACGAUUGAGAAUACAAGACCAGUGCUUUUUGAACCUGAUGAAAAACAAGAGUGCCCCCCCCCCCGGAUUAAUAGUUCAUGA